UCCAUUAGACAGACAGAAUCAGCUUUUUCCUGCAGCGACUGUGGUCCUGAAACGUCUGUGACAUGAGACCAAGACUGGACGAUGUCAAAAUUUCUCUGUCAUAGGAAUUCAUUUUGGAUAUUUGUCUGUUUGCGAAUUCAAGAGGCUGAAAAUAAUUUUUUUGCGGGAGGUUUUUAAAGCCCUCCUCUUCUUUCUGUUUGACAGGAAGUGCUUUCCAUUUUGAAUCUUGUGAAAAGUUUCUUUCUGACUCACUGAAAGUCACACAACAGUAAAAUGUCUGAAGCUGGAGUACUAUACUCUGAUGUGAAGUUUACAAGAAAGAAGAAAGCUAACGUUGUCAUUUUCUCCUUGCCCGACACCACUUACUCUGAAGUAACGUUCUCAAGGACUCAGCCGUCCAAAACAGAGUCGCCCGAGGGGUACCAACAAGAUGUAUUGAGCAAAAGGUCAAAGGUCACCUCAGAGAGAUUGGCCCUGCUGGUUCUCAGUGGUCUCCUGGUAGCUGCCGUCAUUGGUAUGGGUGUUACCAUCUGUUUUUCAAACACAGAAAGAGAACCAUGCAGCACUGUACAGCCUACAUGUCCACAAUGUCCUACAGUAGAAGAAAGAAAUCCAUCCAGCACAGUACAGCCUACAUUUCCAAAAACUCCUGACGUGAAAGAUCAGACAUGUGAUAAAUGUGAAGAAGGCUGGGAGCAACAUGGAGGAACGUGCUAUAAUUUCUCCAUCAGUAAAUCAUCCUGGAACAAGAGCAGAGAUGAGUGUAGAGCUAAAGGAGGAGACCUGGUUAAGAUAGACAGCAGGGAGGAGCAGAAUUUCCUGCAGAGAAGAGUGAGUGAAAUAAUGACUGGAGGUGAGGACAAGUUCUGGAUCGGGCUGACAGACUCAGCAGUAGAGGGCAGAUGGUUGUGGGUGGAUGGGUCACCACUGAAUGAAAGUUUGAAGUUUUGGAAGGGCACAGAGCCAGACAAUUGGAAAGGGACAAAUGGGAAACAUCCUGAUGGAGAGGACUGUGUGAAGAUGGGAGAAAAAGGUGAAGCUGAUACUCUGAAGUGGUGGUUUGAUGCCUUUUGCUCAAAUCCUCACAAAAGUAUUUGUGAGAAAGCAGUAGUAAGGGGAAAGUUUAAAAAAGUAUGUGACUGAAAUUCAGUUCAGUCUAUUAAACACCAGAGUGGAGUGAUGCAGUUUUUUUUAAGUUGUCUCACAAACAGAAUAAAAUCAACAUAUUAAAAUAAAAUUUGAGUAUUAUUUUGCAUCCAAUGUUUUUCCUUUUUGAACUAAUUAUUAUAUACAAGAAAUGUGGGAGCACCUGUGAACCGUGAAGGAAUUAUAACAUCCCCAAACUUUUGAGAUACCCCUGUUAGGAAUGUUGUGUUAAAAUGGAGCAAGUAAUAGAUAUCAGUGUGAAUAAAGAGUAACUGACCAUUACAGUGUUUGAUAUUUUCCCAACUGAUUAGUGUGACAACUCACUUAACUCUCAUCAAGGCAGAGCUGAACGAGGAACUGAAAUUACAAUGUAUUAUUUUAGCAUGAUUUUAUCAGAUAAACAGUGUGACACAGUUUGAUCUUAAGAGGCUACAGCUGCUUAAAAACUGCUUACAGGCUGUAACUGAGAAAUAUGAAUACAACACUGUUAUACGCUGUUUUCUACACCUGUUUCUCCUCUGGGGUACUCUUGCUCUGGGUAAAUGUGUAAAACAGUAAUGUAAGUGUGAAUUCACAUGUGUACUAAAAUGCCAUGAAUUAACUAUUUCUUUAUUCAUAAUCAGAAAUACUUAAGAUAAAUGUACACACCAUAAACAGAAUGCUGGACUGUGUUGUGCUGGGAUUGAUGCAAGCAUUAGGAUGUGUGGUUUCCACAUUGUAAUUCCACAUUGUUGUGGAAUUAUGGAAAACGCCAAAUGGUGCAAAUGCAAACCA